AUGCCUUCUGCCAUAUUUACAAGACAAAGUAAACUCACCUAUCACUCCAACCCUCCCUACACACUCACAUCCGAGCUCACCUAUCACUCUGACCCUCCCUACACACUCACAUCCGAGCUCACCUAUCACUCUGACCCUCCCUACACACUCACAUCCGAGCUCACCUAUCACUCCGACCCUCCCUACACACUCACAUCCGAGCUCACCUAUCACUCCGACCCUCCCUACACACUCACAUCCAAGCUCACCUAUCACUCCGACCCUCCCUACACACUCACAUCCGAGCUCACCUAUCACUCUGAUCCUCCCUACACACUCACAUCCGAGCUCACCUAUCACUCUGACCCUCCCUACACACUCACAUCCGAGCUCACCUAUCACUCUGACCCUCCCUACACACUCACAUCCGAGCUCACCUAUCACUCUGACCCUCCCUACACACUCACAUCCGAGCUCACCUAUCACUCUGACCCUCCCUACACACUCACAUCCGAGCUCACCUAUCACUCCGACCCUCCCUACACACUCACAUCCAAGCUCACCUAUCACUCUGACCCUCCCUACACACUCACAUCCAAGCUCACCUAUCACUCUGACCCUCCCUACACACUCACAUCCAAGCUCACCUAUCACUCCGACCCUCCCUACACACUCACAUCCGAGCUCACCUAUCACUCCGACCCUCCCUACACACUCACAUCCGAGCUCACCUAUCACUCUGACCCUCCCUACACACUCACAUCCCCGCUCACCUAUCACUCUGACCCUCCCUACACAAUCACAUCCGAGCUCACCUAUCACUCUGACCCUCCCUACACACUCACAUCCGACAUCACAUAUCACUCCAACCCUCCCUACACACUCACAUCCGAGCUCACCUAUCACUCUGACCCUCCCUACACACUCACAUCCGAGCUCACCUAUCACUCCGACCCUCCCUACACACUCACAUCCGAGCUCACCUAUCACUCUGACCCUCCCUACACACUCACAUCCGAGCUCACCUAUCACUCUGACCCUCCCUACACACUCACAUCCGCGCUCACCUAUCACUCUGACCCUCCCUACACACUCACAUCCGAGCUCACCUAUCACUCCGACCCUCCCUACACACUCACAUCCGAGCUCACCUAUCACUCCGACCCUCCCCACACACUCACAUCCGAGCUCACCUAUCACUCUGACCCUCCCUACACACUCACAUCCGAGCUCACCUAUCACUCUGACCCUCCCUACACACUCACAUCUGCGCUCACCUAUCACUCUGACCCUCCCUACACACUCACAUCCGAGCUCACCUAUCACUCUGACCCUCCUUACACACUCACAACCGAGCUCACCUAUCACUCCGACCCUCCCUACACACUCACAUCCAAGCUCACCUAUCACUCCGACCCUCCCUACACACUCACAUCCGAGCUCACCUAUCACUCCGACCCUCCCUACACACUCACAUCCGAGCUCACCUAUCACUCUGACCCUCCCUACACACUCACAUCCCCGCUCACCUAUCACUCUGACCCUCCCUACACAAUCACAUCCGAGCUCACCUAUCACUCUGACCCUCCCUACACACUCACAUCCGACAUCACAUAUCACUCCAACCCUCCCUACACACUCACAUCCGAGCUCACCUAUCACUCUGACCUUCCCUACACACUCACAUCCGAGCUCACCUAUCACUCUGACCCUCCCUACACACUCACAUCCGAGCUCACCUAUCACUCUGACCCUCCCUACACACUCACAUCCGAGCUCACCUAUCACUGUGACCCUCCCUACACACUCACAUCCGAGCUCACCUAUCACUCCGACCCUCCCUACACACUCACAUCCAAGCUCACCUAUCACUCUGACCCUCCCUACACACUCACAUCCGAGCUCACCUAUCACUCUGACCCUCCCUACACACUCACAUCCCCGCUCACCUAUCACUCUGACCCUCCCUACACAUUCACAUCCGAGUUCACCUAUCACUCUGACCCUCCCUACCCACUCACAUCCGACAUCACCUAUCACUCCGACCCUCCCUACACACUCACAUCCAAGCUCACCUAUCACUCCGACCCUCCCUACACACUCACAUCCAAGCUCACCUAUCACUCCGACCCUCCCUACACACCCACAUCCCCGCUCACCUAUCACUCUGACCCUCCCUACAGACUCACAUCCGAGCUCACCUAUCACUCGGACCCUCCCUACACACUUACAUCACCGCUCACUUAUCACUCUGACCCUCCCUAA